AUGCACCGGAUUUGCCCUCUUUCAGUGGCAGUGUGCAUUGUGGUCAAGACGUUUUCAGGCUUGGAAGAGAUGACCAUAUGAAUUUAAGGAUAACCCACGGUAGGGUGGAACAUCAGAAUCCAAGAAGUAAUCAGAGGCAUCACUACAUGUACUUUUUCCAUCAAAAAGAUGAUUCUCUUUCCCAUCCAAAAAAUGACUGUUACCUUCCCGAUAAAAAAAAUGAUGAUUAUCUGUGUGAUGACGAUGGAUGGUCCAUCAUUGAUUUGGAUGGGAAGAUCGUUGGACUGGUUAACAAGCAUCUUAGGCUUAAGAAGUCUUUGAUACCUUCUUGUAUCUUGGAUAAAUGCGUGGAUUUGUGGUCUGAGUUUCGGUGCAUCCCUCGGCUCCAUCUAGGGAUGAAAUUUUCUUCCAUCAAGCUUCUUGAUCCAACACAUAUUGACAAGAUGUGGCGUAUGUAUAAAAUUAAGGACGGACUUAUUGUUCAAGAGGUGUCAAAAGAAUAG